GAAAAGAGGAAGAAAGUGUGACACAAAAGGCACAACUAGCCGGUUUCACCCAAACCUCAUUAAAAUACAGGAAAAGAGGAGGACAUGCUGGCUCAUCAAGGACACUGUCACAUGACUGUCUCACAGACAAAGGGACAUCACUCUGCUUCGUCCAAGCCUCAAAUCCUCUGCAGGAUGUCUGAGGGAGACAUUACAGUGCUGCCAUUCGGACCUGCAUCUGUGGACCUGUCCAGGCAGGAGCACCGUACACUGACCAGACUGUACUGCCAGAACGGAGGAUAUCACCUGAGGAUUUUACCAGAUGGAACAGUGACUGGUGGCAGGCAGGACGAUGACCGUUACAACAUCCUGAGGCUGAAGUCUGUGAGCGUAGGAGUGGUGGUCAUCAAGGGUGAGCUGACAGGAAGGUACCUGGCUAUGAACAAAAAUGGAGGCCUGUAUGGAUCACAAGCACUGAAUGAUGAGUGUUACUUCCUGGAGAAGUAUGAAGAAAACCACUACAACACAUAUUGCGCCCAGAAGUACAACUGGUAUGUUGGGCUGAAGAGGAACGGCCAACCCAAAGCAGGACCAGACACCCACCAUGGUCAGAAAGCCAUCUUUUUCCUGCCAAGGCCUGCAGGCAACAUGUAAAGCAAGACGGCACCAGUAACAAUGGACACGCUCACUGAAGUCUUUAAAUGCGCAAAAAAGUGAAAUUUUAUACUAGUUUAAAGGUCACUUUAAAGCAGUACAACAGGCCGGUAAAGCCUGAGGCAAACACAUACUGCUGUUUUUACUGUUAGUGCAAGCUCUACUUUAAUGUUAAUAACCUAAAUGUUUGUUUACCCCUCUUGUUUAUGCAGGGGAAAUGCAGUCGGGCUAAGCAGCAUGUACCGUAUGUGAUCAUUACAAGGAUAUAAGCUGAUACCCAGAAUGCCUUCUGCCUAUAUCCACAUAUCAUAUACACCUUCUUACCGCAGACAGAAAAUGUGUGCGGUAUCAGUGCAUGUCAGUCUUGAUAAAUGGGUGUUCACUUUGAACCCAAGUAUGAAAUACCACUGCUGGAAGCCAGCAAUGGACCACUUUUACAAAGAAAUAGUUUUACGAUUGAUCACGUCUGGCACAAAGGAAACAAACAAGGCAGUAAAAAUAAAAAUGCCGACCAUCUGCCAUUGAAUUUAAAGUCAAACAAACAGUCCAGUACCGGGAAUUGGUAGUAACAUAAUUAUUUCAGUGCCUUGCUUUUUUUCACCUUUAUUUAUUGACACACAGUUAGACAUUCACACCUGGAAGCUCCCCAGUAUAGUCUGAUCUGCUAGCCACUGAGCAGCAGUUAGGGCACCUCAGUGGUGGUAAUGAGGGACGGGCAAGUACUGCUUUUCACUUUCCCCGCACAAAUUUAUCCUGCUGGUCUGGGGGACUGAAACAAUGACCUACCAGUCACAAGCUCACUUCUCUAAACUUCAGGCCCACGUUACUUCAGUGGGGCGGAUGUUUGCUGACUUCUGAAUGACAGUCGUUACUUACUUAUUUUUAAUUUGCUCAACCCUGUUUGAUGCCCAUUUCUGUAACCACUUGUGUUCUAUGUGGAAUUUUAUUUUAUGAAAGCCACAAAAGUUUCUUCACACAAUAAGAGAUAUUUCUGCUGGGGAUAAAACAGAUGAAAAUUUUAAACACACAACAAUGAAGUUAAUUAAGAUACUUUAAGUUUCAAUUUUAGGUCAAUAGACAAAGUUGAUAUGACAUUAUUUGAGUGAUAAAAUGCUGCUUUUGAAAAUAUCGCCCUGACAACAGUGACACACGUGUAUAAUGUCAAGGCAGAUGUGAAAACUUUGUUUCAGUAAUCAGUGAGGUUACUGUUGAGUUGUAUGUUCUUGGUGAUAACAAAUGCUCAAUGGAUUAUUUGAUUUUGGUUGUAAGGAGGCAGAGAUGGACCAAAUAUUGACCAUUCUGUCCUGGACCGCAGAAGUCACAAAAUGUUUCCUUUCACUGGGCAAAAUGGCUUCACUUCAAGGACCAAUAGAUCUUCCUGUCAACAUGAUUCUUAUUUUGUUUGUAUUUUGUUGCUACUGAAACAUUAUAUUAGAUUAACUUAAUGUUGUGAAUAUUUAUUUAAAGAGUUGAAUUGCUAAUAAAAUUAAUUGUUCUGAACAUUGUAAUGGACACUUAAAUAAAAUAAUAUUUUUUUCAUA